AAUUGCUGUUCUAACGCCCAGUGGAGGCCAGGCUGGAUUGUGGUUACCAUGCUGGGAACCCAUCAGGAAACUUUGAUUGAAUCACCACAGACUUUUACCUACUCCUUUUACCAGAUUUCCCAGGAUUUUGCUCCCUCAAAUGCGAUGACUCAGCAGCUACAGGAUGAAUUUGACAGUAGCGUGGAGAAUGCAGAAGCUUGGAUGAAGGCCAUCCAAGAGAGGCUGAGGAUCAAUGACAACACCAAAGGACCUCGAUCUGCCCUAGAAGCCAGACUGAGAGAGACUGAGAAAAUACGUGCACUGGAACCAGAAGGCAGCUUGAAAAUGGACUUGAUUCUUGUGAAGGCAGAUGCUGCUCUUCGCAGCAUCAGUGAGGAUAAGAAGCAUGAGGUACUCUCCAAACUAAAAGACAUUAAAGCCCUGUGGGAAGAGACAGCCAUAUACAUUACUCAUUGUCACAGCCGCAUUGAGUGGGUCUGGCUGCACUGGAGCGAGUACCUGAAAGCCCAAGACGAGUUUUACACAUGGAUUCACAACAUGAGGGUGACCUUGGAGCCUGACAUUGAGUUGCAGCUUGGCUUAAAGGAGAAGCAGUGGCAGCUGAGCCACGCUCAGGUUUUGCAGAAUGAUGUCCUAAAUCAGUCAGUCCUGCUGGAAAGGCUGCUGGAGGAAGCCACUUCAUUGUUCAGCAGGAUAGGUGACCCCAGCGUUGAUGAGGAUGCUCAGAAGAAAAUGAGGGUGGAAUAUGAAGGAAUCAAACAAGAAGCUCAGAACAGAGUGAAACUUCUUGAAAUGAUAACCAAGGAACAUGAGCAGUACAGCGCCAAUGUCAACCAGUUUCAGUCGUGGCUGAAUGGUGUCACAGAGAGAUUAAACUGCUGCAUUGGAGAAGCAACCAAGUCUUCAUCAGAGGACAAGCUAAAGACACUGAAGGAAAUUGCCAAAGACAUUAGGAGUGGUGGAAAGAAAUGGAAGCACCUUGAAAAUCAGUGUGCAGAGGUGAUUCAGAAUACCUCUCCACUUGGAUCUGCAAGACUGAAGGAUGAGCUUGAAGAGCUAAGAAAAGCCUUGGAGAAGUUGAAACUGCUGAGUAGUGAGGAGGAGGAGAGAGUGCUCAAGAUCCAACAGUCUGAAAGUGCCUAUGAGUCCCAAGCCAGACAAUUAGAAGCAGACAUCCAGAAGCUGAGAAAAGAUCUGCAGAGACUAGAAAAUGACCUGGACCCUGGGGAAGGGGAAAAGACUGAAGAUGAAUUUGUAGGUCUGUGGAGAAAAUGCAAUGCAACAAGAGCAGCUCUGGCUGCAGAAGAGUCAAAGAUUGAGAGGCUGAAGGCUCAGCUUAAAGAACUGCUACGGUUUUCCCAAGAUGUGCAGCCACAUGCUGAGAGUGUUGUCUCUGCAAUACACCAGUAUCAAAGGGUUAGAGGCAAGACUUCUAAAAUGAGCACUGAUACAGAAACCCAACUGAGGAGACUCAUCCAAAAUCCCCUGCAAAGUUUUGAACAGUGGAAGCCAUCAGUCCAGAUGCUCCUGGAGACUCCAGAGCCAGAACUGGCUCACAUCGAGGCUGCUCUAGCUGAAAGCUCCCAGUUCAAGGAGAAGUUGAUGACAUUACAGCUAAAGAAAGAUUUGCUAAACAAUGUCCUUGGUGAGGAAAAAGCAGCAUCUUUCCUUCAAGAAGUAGCUGAAGCUUCAAAAGAGAGAGAAAUUCUACACAAAAGUCUGCUGCAAAGCAAGAGCAAACUCCAGAAUUUGAUAUUGCAACACAAGAACUUUGAUGCUGGUUUUGCACCACUGCAGAAGAAAUUAUCUGCCAUCAAAGCCAAAUUAGAUCUGGAGAAGGAACCACGGCCUGACCUCUUGGGUAAAAAGACACAACUCCAGAGACUCCAGAUGAUCCAAGAUGACUUAGCUGAGCUUGCAAUUCACAUGGAGGAAUUAGAGAAGCUCGUUCAGUCAAAUACCACACACAGGCAUGAAAUGAACCAACUCUCAUCUGACUCUCAGGCCCUGAAGAGAUCACUAGAGACAAUGAUACAGCAGAGUGAAGACCACGUUCAGAAGCAUUGGGCAUAUAAUGACAAACUGUCUGACCUCCAGCAGUGGAUCUCAGUAACCAGGGAGAAGAUUGAGUCCUGCCAGGAUGCUGAUGGAGAGCAGAACACCGAGGGCAGGCUGGAAGACCUGGAGAGAUUGCUAGCUGAAUUUCCAGAUAAGGAGAUCCUGCUGCACCUUGUGGAAGCUCAUGGCCAGUUGCUCAUGGAGAAUUCUUCUCCAGAGGAGAUUGCCCAUAUCCAGGCAGAGUUGGAUCAGCUGAAGGAGUCAUGGAAAUCACUGAAGGAGAUGGCAACUGGUCUCCUCAAAAAGUGGCAGUUAGACAGACCAGUGGCUGACAAGAAGAAAAGAGCACUUGUGGACAGCAGAUGGAUGUCUAGACCUGCUUUCCACCUUUUUGAUGUUGAUCCCAACCAUAAGCAGGAGAAAAUGGGAAAAUGGCAAAGUACAAGCAGCCACUUAAAGCUCCUACAUGACUUUGAAGAGUGGCUACAAGGAGAAAACACCAAACUGACCAAAAUUCUUGCUGGGACUCCAUCUUCUGCAGAGGAAAUCAAGGCACACCAGCAUAAACUUGAGGAGCUGCAGUCUCGUGUGCCUCAUGGUCAGCAACUCUUUGAGGACCUCCUUCAUCUUCACCCUGUCUUUGGAAAUUCUGAGGAGCUGGAGGACCUGCGUUACCGAUGGAUGCUCUACAAAUCUAAGCUGAGAGAGUCCAUGAGUUCACCGAGUGCUGGACCUUUGGAGGAACCAGACAGAUUCAGAAAGAAGCGCUCUGGAGGCGUGUGCUCGUACCUGCACCGCGUGUGCCGGGCGGCACUACCAUUGCAACUGCUGCUGCUGCUCCUCCUGCUCCUGGCCUUCCUCCUGCCCCUGGCACAAGAGACCCACAGCUGCACACUGGCCAACAACUUCGCUCGCUCCUUCAAGCUCAUGCUGAGAUACGAGGGCCCACCUCCAACAUAACUUCUUGGUGUGGCACGAGGUGACUGGCAGAACGCAGACUCUUUAUUUCUAGUUGCUUCUGUUGUAGAUUUUAGGGCUUCUAACAUGGCCAUCAUGUCAACUGGAUAGAUCACAUAAUUGCAACAUAAGAUUAAUCCAUUCUAAUCAGGUAUUGGAGCAAAAUUAAUAUUUUUACAAUUUUUUUAUUAUUGUAUUUAUAAUAUGUAUAUAGAGAUUGUGUAUGUGUAUGUAUGUACAUAUAUAUAUAUAUAAAUGCAUAUCUGUGGUCAAACCAGCAACCACCAUCUACUCAUCCACUGUUUAAGGAUAAUUCUGCAAUGUUUCUGCCAUCUUUCCGCAAGCAAUACUGAAGGAUGGUGUUGUGGGAUUUUCUGGGUGAUUUUUAACAUCAGAUUCUUGUUUACAAAGACUGAAGUCAGAGCAAGUAUGAGAGCAUUUGGCAUGCACCAGAGUGUAAACUGGAGAGCAGGCACAGUAGAAUCAUGUUUGAAUAGAGUGGUUGAUAUUCAGCCCAAGGAAGAUUUGGACUAUUCUCUUUGAAAGUUGAGCUGGUUUUACAGUAUCUGGAUACUGCAGGGAUUGCAGAAGCUAAUAGAAGUGUUUCUACUGACUUCAGUAGGAGUGGGGGUGGACCUCCUCUUGUUCUUAUUUUUUACCAGAUUUCUUUUCCAGCUACUGUAUUCUCCAGCCCACCUGAAUCAGGAGAGGUGGAAUACAGUGGGAAGAAAGCAAGGAAAAAAAAAAAUAUAUAUUUUUUUAGCAUCUCUCUAGCAGGAGAACUUUUAAAAUCAGGUCAUAAUUUUCUGAACAAAUUUGUGAGCGCUGAACAAAACCUUGUAUCACCAAUCUUGUCUAUAAAAAAGAGUGGGUUUUUUGUUAGUUUUUUGUGUUUGUGGGGUUUAGUGAUUUGGUUUUGUUGGGUUUUUUACUUUAUAAAGAGGCAUUUGGUAACAGAUUAUAAAGCCUAAACAGUGAGAUGCAGCCUGGCUCAGUGUCAGUAAAGCAAAAAUUGGAAGUACUUUAAUAAUACCACCCUGGAAACAAGAUUCCUACCUAGAAUUCUUUUGUGUUAAUGGUUUAUGGAAAUUGUGUAAACUGAUUAUAUCAAAGACAGUCAUGCAUAGAUUUCUAUGUAAUCUAAACUCUAAAAUUAUGGCAACUUGUCAUUUUUUUACCUAACCCUAUGCCUGACUAUCAAAUUUUUGAAUUUUAACAUUUUAACAUUGCCUUUUAAUGUAAAAGCAAUUCUCACUUCAGAGCAAUGAAGCCAUUCUUAGUGGUGUUUUAUCUAAUUGAUAAGACAUUCACUUCAGGAAGAGAAGGAAAGCCUGUGAUUUCUUUCUUGAAAGACCCAUGGGGAGAGGAGCUAUAAUUUGCUAGAGAACGGGACAUAUUAAUUCCUUCUUUGCAACUUUCUGGUUCUUUCUGGUGGCAGAGGACAUACUUCCUCCUGCUCUCCUGAUUAGCUGUGCAAGUGUCAUGCACAUUCCUCUAAAAAAUUACUGCCAGCCCUGGGGGGAGAAACCCCUGUGGCUGCCCAGCAAGGAGUUAAUCAUCACACACAUCUCCAUGUCAUAUUAAAUCUUCCUUUAGAAAAGAAGUGUGGGGGAAGAGGGGCAGUAAUGAAACCUGCCCUGUGUGGUUGUGGAUGGCUGUAGGUGUGCACACACCUUACUUUGACAUAGCUACAUUGCAGUUCUCUGUGUUUUGCUGAGCUGUUCCAGGUGAUGAAAGUAAAAUACCAGUGAGAAAGUAAAAGUAAUGAGGAAUAAUAAAGCUGCAAUUGGAAAUCAGUAGGGAGAUAGAAAAGUUUUUUCUAUGAAAGCACAAAAUCUCACAUCAGAUUUCUUUCUGCUGAGUCUUUCUGAUCUGGGUGAUUUGUGUGGGUUCACAAAUGCAUUUGACACCAUGGGAGUGUGUAACAGGGAGAAAAAAUUUCUGCACAGAGGAUCUUACAAGAACAACUGCAUCAUCACCUUGAUGUUUCAGUGCUCUGGCAGAUUUUUUAAAAAAAAGAACCAAACAACUAAAUUAGAAACACAUUUUUGCUGCUGGGUUUGCAAUCAGUUUAUUCUGCAAGUCCCCUGUCUGUAAUCUUGGAAAGUUUUGCUUUAAAUCUCAGUCAAUCCAUUCUCAUUAACUUAAAUAAUCUGAAUAUCUCACAGAAGUGGUGAAUAUAUCUACUUCUUUGCAAUGAAAACUAUCCAAAGCACAGGACUUUAAUGUUCAUAUCACUGAAAACAAUUUAAGUCUUCCAUGUCAUUUACCUCACCUGUCCAAGGCAGGUGUGAGAUUUAUCUGGCAAAGAAAGAAAGAAAAAAAUCACAAAAGUAAACUUGAGAUGUAAAUGUGAAAUUUACUUUCUUUUUUAUUCUCUUGUGGGUUUUGUUUUUUUCUGAAAAGCUUGCGAUACCUAUUCCUGGUAGUGUGUGUAAAUAUUAAUCAAGUCAGUCAUUAGAAUAACCAAAACAAACUGCCCAGCCCAGCUUCCAGGAAACUGUACAAAGCUCAGAUUCCUCAAACACAACCUAAAUCAUACUGCUUCCAAACCAGUCCUUAAAAUCUUGAGCACAGUUCCUCAUCUUUGCUCACAGAUGAUUUGGUGGUUAUAUGCUCACUUUUGUGCCUAUAAAAUCCCCAGCUCAUACAUCUCUGACAUCCAGAUGUAACUGAGAUGUGUUAUAGCUCAGGUUCAGACUGGGGCCACAGCCUUAAGCCUUCCCUUGCCAAAACAUGGGAUGUACAGAACCCUGGAUGUGGUGUGCAGCCGAGGGCUUGCAGUGUUUUGCCCCAAUCCAGAUGCAGCCACAAAGGCUGCUGAGCCCUCCCUGACACAUGGAAGGGCUUUGAGGUUGUGUGCUUUGUGCACCUGGCCCGUACUCUGCCCGAGCUCCUGCCUGCACUGUUGGACCCAGGAGCUGCUUGGCCACAUUAAUGACCCUGCAGUGCUGAAGGCAAAAUCCUGCACUCUAUUGCCCAUGCAUCACAGUCAGACAUUACCCCAAGGCACACUUCAAACCCAACCUCUGGCAUGAAAGCAAGCCUCCUUUGUAAACUGUAAUUGAUUUUGAAGCCUGAUGCUUUCAAGAGAAUUUUCCAUGGCAGCAAUACAUUGAAGUAGAAAAUUGCUAUUGUGCCCUAUGUCUAUUAACAGCCCUUUCUCUGAUUCCAGCCAGCAAUUUAAAUGGUAUUAAAUAUUAUUUAUAUAUGCCCUCUCCAUAAAUCUCUGUAUGAAACACAUCUUCAGUUCUAAGCACAUACAUUAAAAAUGUUGUAUUCCUCUGCUAACACUCCAGAGCAGUCAUGAUUUCUACCAAGUGCUACUUUAUUUGUACUGACCAAGAACUUUGAAAAUUCAAACAUUUGUGGCCGUAAAUUAAGAUACUAAGCUAACUAAUAGAAUCACCUAGUGGUCACUGAAUAAUUUGGACAGCUUUUAGAAUGGCUUUAUGUUUAUUCUCUUUAAUCCCUUUUGUUGGACUAUUUGUAGAUGUCAGAGAGAAGAAACAUCUCAAAAAAAUGGCCAUUCCUAGAUAGACAGAUGGUGAUCUCUACACAUCAGAAAAAAUAGUAUUUUCUCUAGUUGCUCUAGACCUCAGGAGUUUGCUACACCAGAUCUCCUUUUCAGUAUUAAAUAGGGAAUGUUUUACUUUGAUGUGUGUGCAGACACAUCUCAUUAGCACUAAAGAGAUUUAAAGAGUGAGUUCAUGUACAAUAAUUCUUUUAACUUGUGUCAACAUGAGAGUCCUCUUAAUUUGAGAAAAAAACCUACCAGAACUGCUGUGUGACAGAGAUUCCCAGACCAAACAAAGCCUUUUGGAAUAACUAAAGAUUACAGACUGAAACUAAAUGAUCCACCAUAGGAAACUGGAAAAAUAGUUUUGCCUUUCAAGAAAUGCUGGUAUAAAACCCCCAAUAAACAUGUCUUUGCCAGGCAGUAUAGAUGUCUUUCAAGUCAUAGGUUAUGUGCCCAGCUGGCUGUAAGAGCUGCUUCUGGAGACUUUACUGCCCCUUGGACAGGAUCAUUUGCUAGGCUGCAGCUGAAAACACGUUUGUCCAGAGAACCUAUACCAGCUUCUGCCAGAAUCGCUGGGGGCUGUUGAGGAUAUUCUUAGCAGUUCCCAGACCAUUGACCUGCUCUGAGCCAUUACAAGUUUAUUGCAUUAAUUUAUCUGUCAGCCGCUGGCAGCUCUCAGAAAACAGUUUAUUAAAAUACUAAAGAUAAUAUUUCUGGUGCAGGCAACAUGAUUCAGUGAGAAAUCAAUCUUACUACUUUUGCCAUAUUUAAAAAAGGUAUCUGUGGGUUAUACUGGAGUAUAAACAGGUCAGUUGUAGGUGUUGGGUAACUGCAGGAUGUUUUAGGCACAAGGCAUUUUGACUCUUACAUGUCCACUUAAGAACUGUGAGAUCAUGUUACAUUUGUUAAAUGCUAAAACAAAACAAAGAUUCUUGAAUUAAAAGAAAAAAAAAACAAAAAAAAAAACCCAAAACAAAACCAAAGAAGGAUGGAAUAAUCUGUCACACAGUUGUUGUUUUUUUAUUAUCACUUUUCUAUCCAAUUUGAAAUAUGAAUAUGUGUCUACCAGAGAGUUAUCAGUUGAUCUGGAAAAUAAGUAAUAUCUAUCAGGAAUAUACCAGUUCAAACUGUAGCCUAAAUGGCACCUCUGUUCCCUCACCUGCUUCAGGAAAUGCCAGAUUUUGCCUCACUGUACCUGUGAGAUAAAAACCCUCCUCCUAGUAAAGUGUGGGUAAGGUGAAACUGCACAGCUUAAGGUGCAGCAUCCCAGUGGAAGCAGCAGGAGACAUUAGUUCUUGCAAAGGUAGCCUGAUAUCCCCAGUGCACGAGGGGAACAUGUAGGGCUGGAAUAAUGAGAGCAGUCCAGGACUAAUGGUACAGGAACAAGGGCUUGCCAUCCUGCUCUGCCUGACAGAAUUUUGACAGCGGCAGUCAGCACAGUUCAGUUUCGUGUCCCUGGUUGUGGAAGGAGGCUCCCCUCAGGGUGAUUCACUUGAGCUGAGAUUUGAGCCCUGGAAGUGUUUUUCACUUUUCAUUAAACAGAGAAGAAAUUGCUAAAUUAAAACCCCUCAGUGACAGGUUAAUGGUAGGUGGUGGGUGUUGAUGUUCCAGGAAAAGAUACAGGAAAUGCAAUUAUAGAUAGAAAGCUAGUCAUGGUGGUCUCUGUUCAAUCCUCAGGAGGCAAAAAUGUAUUGUAGAACUGAAGUGGGAGUUUUUCUGUUCCUUUUCAAGUAAAUGUCAGGUGUUGUCUUUAGUCUUCUGGAUUCUGGAGGCAAGCCUAUUCAGUGCCUUACUGAAUGCUAGUGGCUUUCUGGCUCCAGAGCCACUUACAUCAGCGAGUUACACAUUAUUCCAAGUUGUGUGAAAAAGGUAUUCCCCUGAACUGGUUUUGGAUCAGAAACUUUUUGUUUGGGGAGUGGGGAUGGUUUGCUUUUCCUUCUUUUGGCCACUUAGUGUUAAAUCCUAGGCAGCAGGAAGACCAGCACUACACUUUCCAGGCCGUGUUCUCUUUCCUUCUUUUAUGAGAGCAGAGGAGAUUUGGCUUUGCUUCCUUUCCAAAGUAAAUUAUUUCAGUAUUUUAUUCUUCUUUUCCUGUUGCAGUUCUUCCACAGCCUAGGUCAUUCCUAUCACCUUAAGUGUUUCCAGUGGCUGUUCUUACUCAACACUUAGAGCAAAAAUCUGAUCCAGUUUCAGUAAGUUUAAAAUCCAGUCAUUUUUUCCCCCAUUGCAGCUCCUCCUGCAGAUGCUCUGUCUGUUUCUGCUGUCCCCUGUGUCAAACCAGCCUUCAUCACUAUCUGAGGGGACUCUAGUCCUGGUCAGUAAUCUCUUCCAAGUCUCCUGGCCAUGUCCUGCCCUCAUCUGCCUUCAAUUUUGGCUCAGGGACUGCCCUUAAUAGCCACAUCUGCAGACAGGAUGUGAGGGUGUCACUUAACAAACAAUUAUUAAUAAUGAAAGCCUUGCUAUUAGCACUGUUUAUAGCCUGCCCAGAGCCUUUUUCUCUUCUCCUCUCUAAGCAGGUUUUGAUAUAUAAUCCAAUUACUGUGUGCAGAAAAUUGCCCCUCAGUCAGCACAGAGGGCUGGUGGUUCAGCUGGGGCUCUGCAACCCUCACAUUGUCACUGCUGGGGUAAGAGCUCCCAGGUGCUGCUCAGCCAGGGUCUGUGCCCUUGAGCUGCCAGGAGUGUUCCAUUCUCGUUGUUAUACACCCUAAAUAAGCCAAAACCCCUUUUUUCUGACCUGGGGAAAGUAAAAAAGAAAACUAAAAUGAUCACUUUUCACAAACUGAUUUCACAACUCAUUUAUCAUGCCCAAUAGCAAGCCAUUUAUUUUGGCUCCUUUUUGCUCCAUGAAAAGCCAUGUGUUAAGAGGGAGAGGUGGGUUUGGAGAGCAGUGCCACCACCCUCAGAAGCACUUUGCUGGGAGGCCUCCUGCUGGAACCCAGGGGCAGGAGCUGUUAUUUCUCCUGAAGUGAUUCCCACCUUCAAAACCAAAUUAUUUCUUUUGUCAAGUCUAAUAAGCACUGAACACCACAGACUUUGUUUCACUACAGAUAUGAAUGAAUGCCUCUGUACAGUACUUUCUGUUGCCAUGAAAUAUAUAUAUAUAUGUAUGUCUGUAUAUAUAUAUAUAUAUAUGUAAUGGGGAGUGUAAUUAUUGUUCUACUUAAAGGUGACAUUCCACUUCACUGUAACUUUUAAGUGCAGCUUUUAAGGGAAACUAUCUUAAAGGGAAGCUGGAAGAGGUACUUGUUUUAAUGAGCUUUGAUGAGAUUUAAUAAGCUUUGAGUCUGGGUUUCAGUCUUUGGGGUGAAAAGCACCCAAGCUGAUUUUUCCAUCACAUUUCCAGAUCAAACCCUGUAAGAAUUUAACCUGGGAGGCAUUGCUUGAACACUGGCUGUUCCUGAAGGUGUUUGGAUGUUGCUAUGUGUUUAUGUCUGUCCUCAAACUUCCAUUUUGUACAUGGGCUUGACUGGAAGGCAAAAGACACACGUUUGUCUUGCUCCAAGACCCUGAUGGUAAUUUUUGCCUCAGUAAAUGUUUUCCCUUGGAUCAGUGUGACUCCUUCAACUUUUUUUCCCUUUUAAUUUGUGUUAACUGAGUUUGUCAGGUGAUUCCAGGAGGGCACACUCCAUCUGCCCAGCCUCAGAGCUUCCCUUUCAGCAGCAUACCUUCUUCUCUUUUGUUUACUUGGCUGUACUGGACCACUGUGAAGCAAUUACACGAGCAAUAAUGCAGGUGUUGCAUUUUUCUGUCAUUGCCUUUCUUAAGACAAAACUCUCCAUUGACACUGAAAAGUGGUAGGAGAGCCAGGAGCUGUUGUUUACUGGCAAUAUAACCCAUGUCCAGUGUUCCUACGGGGGUCCUCACUCCUCAGAGCAGUGGGCUGUCUCAGGCCCAAUUUAAUUUGUAAGCCUGGAUUUUAAACAGUUUUGGAUCCCUUCACCAACACUCCAUCAAUCUUGCUUCCAUCAGUUUUUGUGCUUUUCUUUAAUUCCAAGCUAGAAGAAAGUUGAAAGAAAUGUGCUAAGACUCUCAUAUAGGGUGAGUGAAUAUCCCACAUAUUUCACAAAAAUUGCAACAGAAUGAAGGGAUUUGCUCUCACAUUGAACAGAAUUAAUAAGUUAUAACUGAUAAAUUAAAUAGUUAUUAAGAACAGCCUGGAGCAACAUUUCUGCAAUCAAACUGUUCUCUGCUUUUAAUUUAAAAGUCAGCAGAUACUGAGAUACAUUUUGCCACCUUCUUUAAGAAAUUACUUGAAACUAAAAUUUGGAUUCUCCUUAACAGGAAGUUUAUUGAUGUGAUUCUAAAUUUCAUCAGCAUGUCCUGUAUUAGAUCACCCGCCUGUGGGCACAGGAAAAACCAAAGGCUGUUCACAAGAGAAACUCAUAUUAUAAAUGGUUGUAAAAUUCUUCAGAGCUCCUAUCCACUUCCAAAUGUCAGUAAUGGGGAGGAUACAAAACCUUCCUGUGAACCCUGUCAUUUUGCAUGUUAAAAUCCUGGCUUGAAUUCAGGUCUCCACCUCAGCUUUUGUAAAUGUUAAUAUUCAAGUUGAACAAAAACCUUAGAGGCAAUUACAGCAUGAACAUCUCUUCUUGUUUAUGUAUGGUAGCUGAUAGCAAAGUCUGCAAUAAUAAUCUGUGUUUAUACAUGUGCUGUACAAUGUAACAGUUGGGUACAAAAUACCUUUUAACUGUCACAAGAGAAUAACUGGAUUGAUGUCACUUUUCGCUUGUACGAAUAUAAUUAUUUGCCUUGCGGGGACCAGUUCCACUUUUGUCAUGUUAUUUAUGAUUUUUUAAUACAAUUGUGAUAAAUUAGGCUCAUUUCUAAGGUAAACAAUACUGGAGCCAAGCAGCUGUCUCUGUACAUGUGCAUGUUAUCACAGCUGAUAUCAAGUCCAAGUCAGACUCCUUGCUUUGCUUGGACCUUUCUUUAACCUUUCAGGCUUAUUCAGGGAAAUGUGGACCACUCUAUUUUCUUAUUAAAAAUACAGCUUUGUGGAAAGCUGAACUUAUUUUUUAAAUAUUUUCUUUUCUGGUUCAGAAAGACUAUAACAAUCAUAUUUUUCUAAACUGCCUAUUGCUUGUGUUGGGAAAUUAUAUAGAGAUAUAUAUUUUGCUCUACAGAUUUCCAUGUACUUUUGGAAUUCUUUGUUUUCAUAGAUAAAUCCUCCUAUUUGCUAGAAUUUGCUCAAAAAGCUGUAAGCUUCUGUAUACUGACUGACUCUGUGAAAUUCUAUAAAAACGCAGCUGCAUCAAAAGACUGACUUUAUGUUUUAUGUAAAUUGUUAGAGCUAAGUCAUCCUUAGUGUUAUGCCAUGCAAGAUGUACAAAAAGAAAUCAGGUCAUUGUUUUGAAAGGCUGGACAGUGUUAUGUCACUGCCUAGAAAGUUCCAGAUGAAAGUCAGGAAGAAAUGGUACCAUUUUGGGCCCUGAGUCUGUAGUUUUUUUGCACUGUUUAGAACCUUAUUUCAAAACUAGUCCCAUGAAACUUCAUGGGAAAUAUUAAAAAUAAGAGCCUGUGGUGUGUGAAUAGCUCUGAUAGAGUAAGGACCUUUUCUAAUGAAGAACAGGACCUUUUAAGCAGUUAAGAGGCUAUGAUUUGAGUAUUUCAGGACAACUUUUUGUCCUGUUCAGCUUUUCUGAGCUGUGGACUCCUCCUGUGUAUUGUGGAUUUAUUCCAUAGCUGAAAUGCCAGAUUAAAUUGAUUGAAGCCCCAGGAGCAGAUGAACAUAAUAGAAAGCUGCAGUGAAAUAUUGCAGAAAAUGGCCUGAUUUCAUUCUUUAGAGCAAUAGUUAAAGUAACUCACAGCCUUGGCUUCUUUGCACCUGUGAAGCAGAGGCCCUUGUUUUGUACCUCAGCUGUGGUAUAACACAGAAGGAUUUCUGCUCUAUGCUUGGAAAAUACUGUCUAUUCCUCAUUCUUGUCAAAGCAUAAUAUUUCCCAAGUAAAAAAAUCUGAUUCUUCAAGACUCAUAAGUCUUAGGGGACUUAUUAAGGGGAGUUAAGGGGCAGCUGGAACCUUCCGUGGUCCAGCCACAUUACUCCAAAAGUUUAUCCCUCGAUGAAAAAUAAAAUACAAUGUGAUUUUGCUGUUUGCAAGUAGGAUCAAGAGACUGGAAAUCACCAUCCCAAGCCCUUGCCUGUUCUAUGAUGCUCCACUGUUACCAAUGAACUGUGUUGAAUUGGAUUAUGAAAUCAGAAUAUUUUAUUGCAUGUGUCCUUUUAUGAAAUGAAAAGAUAGUUGUAUUUAAUGUUGCAGUUACAGUGUAGUAAAUAAACACAUGUGCAUUUCUUUUUAA